UAAUAUAAUCUACUCAGUAUUGCGGUAGGUAAGUAAGUAUACUUCGGCUAACAUGACGGGCCUGUGGUUCUUCGCGAUAUAUUUUUGUGUAAAUAAUUUUGUUCCUGUCCAAUUGGAGAAGACGCUGGAAUAUCAUUUUCUAGAACACGAAGUGGUUCCAGAUGUCUUAUCUACUGCGCCUGCAGAAUAUUUGUAUGUGAAUUUCCAAAGUGGUGCUGUGGUGAAUACUGGCAACGAGUUGACUCCCACGCUGGUCAAGGACAUUCCACAUGUCUGGUGGGAUUCUGCUGACCCUCAGAAGCUAUACACUGUUGCCUUUGUUGACCCCGACGCACCAUCCCGCAUUUCGCCAACAUCCCGCGCGUUUCUACACUGGUUAGUCGGCAACGUUCCCGGGAAUGACGUCAUGGCAGGUGACGUCAUCGCGGAGUACAUUGGUUCUGGUCCAGGAGAGGGGUCUGGUCUUCAUAGAUACGUCUUCCUGGUCUAUGAACAACCCUCCGAACUGGUUUUUAUGGAGACCAGAGUUAAUAACACCUCUACUGAAAACCGGGCAUCAUUUUCAAUCUCAGCGUUUGCCGAGAAGUACGACUUGACUCUAAUCGCUGGUAACUUUUACCAAGCAGAGUAUGACGACUACGUGCCCAUUCUACACGAACAACUUGGUUUAUCGUAAAAUAUGAUCAUCAUCUUCCGAGCCUUUUUCCCAACCAUGUUGGUAUCGGCUUCCAGUCUCACCGGAUGUAGCUAAGUAUCUACCUACCAGUGUAUCACAAAGAGCGACUGCCUAUCCGACCUCCUCAACCCAGCUACCUGGGCAAUCCAGUACCCCUUGGGGAGACUGGUUUAACACAUAAUACAGUCGAGUGAUAGGUAGGUGCCUAGGUACUAGAGUCCUAUACUUAUCGUAUCAUUUAAGUGCAAAGUUAUUUGGACUGAAUUUUUUUUCAAAACAGUUAAAAAAUUAAUUUGUGAAGGUUCAUGUUUAUGACUAGAUAAAGUGUCAUUUAUUUGUUUGUACAUAUUGCAAGAUUGCGUAAUCAUAGGAAAUAAAUAAACAUUGAGUUGUUA